GAACACCUAAUACAUGUAAUACACAUUCGUAAACACUUGAGAUUUAUCAUUGUGUAUACCUGCUCGCAAUAUUUUACUUCCUUCUUUUUACAAUGAUGAUUAUAUUGAUAGUAAGGUAGACGUUUAAAAUAUGGGUCGACAUAAUAAAAGUUUCGUCGAGAAUUUUUGGGUUGAGGAUAUAAACAGCUCUUCAGGUUUUGAUGUGUUAUGUGCUCGUAUGAGAGAUGGAAGAAAGCUGUGUAAAGAAAUAGAUGACUACUUACGACAAAGAUCAAAAAUUGAAACUCAGUAUGUUAAAGAAUUACAGAAACUGAACAAACAAGACAACAAAGAAGAUUUAGGGGGCUUAGAAAUUGCUUGGAGAGAAAUGAAACAACAAACGGAAAGAAUAGCACACCAUCAUGACUUGGCAGCGAAACAUUUUCUCAACGUAGCAAAUGAACUAACUUCAUUUAAUACUGAACAAAAGAAAGUCACAAAAGAGUGGGAGGACAAAGUAUCAAAGCUUCAUAGUGCUGCCAAAAACACAUACGCUAAGGUUAAUAAUCAACAAAAAGUGUAUGUUUCUAAGUAUGAUGAAAACUCCAGUGCUCAAGCUGCCUUAAAGUACAACGAGAAACACAGUAGCAACAUCACGCCUAAAGAAAUGGAUAAGCUAGAACAGAAGACCAGAACAAAAGCUGACAAAGCAAGGGAUGAGUUAGAGAAAACAGAUACGCUAUAUCAAAACCUUGUGAAGCAAGUCCAAGAAGAGAUGUCAACAUGGGAGAAAGAAAUGUCUAGUUUAUGUAAAAAAUUCCAAGAUUUAGAUGAACAAAGAAUUGACCAUUUACGUGAUUAUUUAUGGAAGUGUACAAACAUAGACUCACAGGCUAAUGUUGAUCAUGAUCAGUGUUGUGAAAAUGUGAGACUUAUAUUGGAAAAAUGUGAUAUAGACAAUGAUAUUGAUCAUUUCAUAACCAAACAUAAAACUGGAAACAGACAUCCAGCACGGGUUGAAUACAAAGGUCAUGCAAAAAUAAGCACACCAGUUAGUAACCGAAGGUUGCCAUCGAUACCCAAUUCAGGAUCUCAUAUUUAUGCUGAUGUUAGUUAGAAAAACAGACUGCUUUAUCAGAUGAUAAUAUGAAUAGUGAGAACUGUUUGGAUACUGUUCGUAUAUACAUUGAAUGCUAUGUGAUCUUAUUGUGUAAAGACUGUUUUCAGUUCACUUGUUUCCUAUUCAUCUAAACUAUAACAUAUAUUAUGGUAAAAUCAUGACUUUGAUACCCGUACUAAUUUUUGAUACACGGUUCUGGUGCAUGAUAUGGGUGUUUUAUUAUGUAUACCGGUAUAAGGCUCUCUCUCUUCCCUUGUUUCCGGUCCUUAUUACUAGUAUUUGUUCGAUUAUAACAGGUAUACUGGCAAAACGGUAGCAAAGAUGGGGAAUGUCAAAUAGAAUACUGAUGCAUAUUAUAAAAAUGUUCUCAGGUAUGCAGACAAGUUAUAGAGAGAUAAGAAAAGCUUAUUUUGUAAGAAAUGUUUCAAUUUACUCAAAUCCCAGAGUUAAAAGGUAGAUGUAGACUUUUGAUAAUUAUGGUAUUUUCUGUGAAAAAGUCAACUGAAAGAAUCUAGACAAUAUCAAGAAUGUAAAACAUUUCCCGAGCACGUGAAUUUAUCAUCAUUUGUAUUCAAAUGAUGCUCAAGAUGUUGCUUCUUAAAUAUUUUAUUUGUUAUUUUUGUAGUCCGUUACCAUGCAUAGGUUUUUAUAUUUAUCUAGAAUUCAAAAGUGUAUGCUCAGACCCCCCCCUUCCCCCUCUUUCUCCGAUUUAAUCAUUAUAAGAGAAUUUUUUUAACCCUUAGAUCAUAUGGCUCAUUAUUAUUUGUUUCGAACGUUUUUAUGCAUCAGGCUCUGUAUUUCAAAUGUUAAAGGUUAGCUUUCCCGAUGAAGGACAUUCUAGAAAGCGCUUUGAACGUAAUUCAUAAAUUACUGUUUGCUUUGCAUUUUGGAAAGCAAUUUGAAAAUGUUGUCUCAUGAAUUUCACCAAAGCUGUGUAUGGAUAUAUCAGUUAUAUUUCCAAUGUAUAUUAACUCAUCAUAGAUACCCAGGUUUGAAAUUUGUAUUUGAUUCAGACGCCCGUUUCGUCUACAGAAGACCACCAAUACUGUUAGUGUCAAUGGUAUAAUUCAAAUUGAAGCUUUUAUUAUAUUUGUAUAUUUUCAUGAGUAUUUAUUAGGUCUUUCCACCUUUCUUGUGGAAAGACCUAUUGAAUUUGUUCUGAUUAAUUUUUUUUUUUCUUCCGCCUGAUUUUUUUCUUGCGGUGUAAAAAUGUUUCAAAAAAUGUCGCUUAGUUUUUUUGUAUAUGAUAUCAUUCAGUCAAUACGCUUUUGAAACUGACCCUGUUUAACCGAACACGUUUCUUUGUAAGAAUUAUCUCCCCAAACACGGUUUUUCUUGUUAUCAGAUCUCCUCCGCAACCGUAAAAGAAAGCGACAAAUUUAUUUUUCCAAAUUGCUUGUUAUAUGCUCAGGAUGUUACGUUUUAUUUUCACCGAAGCUUUACAAAGACUCCAUAUGAGAGUUAUUUCCCCUUUGUAAUGAAAUAGAUGAAAUAAAUUUGUUACUGGAAAACCAUUAGUGAUAGAGGCCUAGGGUCUUUUGAUUUGAGGUCCUUGGUCCAAAAAAAUGAAAAUGAGGUCAAGGUCAAAGGUCAAGGUCAUGUUCAAAAAUAUGAUUUUGGCUUGUUAUCUCUUAUUUUCAGAAAUCCUAUAAGAUAUCGACAAAAUAUUUUCACAAAAUGUGUGUUACGACAUGGCGUAACACGUAAAUUUUAGUUAAAAGGGUACGUAAACAUUUGAUGCGACUUUUCACCCUUUUAUAUCUUAUAUUAUAGUUGUAUGGUAUUAUAACUCAUUAUCAUUAUAAAGUAAAGGCUUAGGGUCUUUUGAUUUAAGAUCCUUGGUCCAAAAAAAUGAAAAUUAGGUCAAGGUCAAAGGUCAAGGUCAAAUUCUAAAUUUUGAUUUUGGCUUAUUUUCACUCUUUUUCAUUAACCUUAUAAGAUUUCAACAAAUUAUUUUUACAAAAUUGUUAGUUGCGACAUGUCGUAAC